CUGCAUUGAACGCGUGAAUGGCCAGUCAGUGACAGCGAUUACCUAACGAAGAUUUCCCACAUGUGGAGUCUGCUUAAUAAUUUGCUUUGUUUGACAAUGUGGGACAAAAUAUUUGAUCUGGUUGUGGUCAAAAUAUGAAAGAGCACUGGUUGAAAAAAUGCGCCCCUUUCUCGUUUCCUUCGAUACCCACGGGUUUAAUAAUUGAUCGUCUGGGACCUCAAUCCAAUUCAAUUCAUUUUCGCUUCAUCUAAGCGUUUGCCAGGGACCAAAACUCUUAAAAAAGCGAUUGUUUGAGAUUGAUAAAAUUCUACUAUAGAUUUUAGUUGAAUCAAUUCAGUUUUCAUUGUGUUAGGUUUUUAAACCAGCCAAUCAGAGCGUAGAAUCAGCGGGUUGGUUUACAUGACGUAAUGCUGUUAAAAAUAACUCCCCCGGGCAGGUUAUGCGGUUUGCUGUCCGCCCUUGAAGAAUAUAUGAUGUCACUAGGAUCACUGCCUGUCAGUAAACUUUCUUCAGGGACUUGACCUUUACGACGGCAUAUUGCCAAGCGAAGGAAACGCAGAAAAAGCACGCCGUGGGUCAUGUUAAGAGUAACGCUUGCUUGCUUGCUCCUCUUUGUUGCUUCGCUGGAAGCAAGGAAAGUAACAGAAGCUUAUCUUCAUCAUGGCAAGAUUGUUAAAAUAACCAAAGAAGUGGAGGAUGAGCCAGAAAAUGUAGAGAAGCGUAACGCAAAUCCGUGCGGCAUGGGAUGUCCCGCCACCUGUGCUCCAGCCUGUGUACCAUCAUGCUGUGCCCCACCACCACCACCGCCGCCACCACCACCACCGCCACCUCCUUGUCCGGUCCCCUGUCCUAUUCCAGGACCCCCUGGAGCACCUGGCUGUAUGGGACCACCCGGCCUUCCCGGAUGUCGUGGUUUUCCCGGUAUCCCAGGAUGCAUGGGACCUAUGGGACCAAUGGGACCGAUGGGAGUUCCCGGCUGUCCCGGUCUCCCAGCACCACCCCCACCAGCAUGUCCCCCAGUUUGUAUCCACUACUGUAUGAGAAUCUGUCCACAGCCGUGCUGCACUGCUCCUCCUCCCCCGAUUAUGCUUCCUCCCCCACCACCCCCUCCCCCUAUGCCAAUUUGUGCACCGUCAUGUGCACCAGCGUGUUGUAUGGGCAAGAAGUGAGCUGAACAACUGUUCUUAUAAACUGACAAGUCAGGCCAACGGUUGAGACAAAGUGAUAUAAGGACGCUUUGAUCUCCCGAAUGAUAAAGAAUAAUACAAAGGAGGAAGAAUUUUUUAUCGAGUGCUAGUGUAUACUGCGGGCAAUUCGAUACCCAAGAAAGCGGUUUCAAGUGGAAACUUUUGUAAAUGACGUCUUGUCCUCCAGAACUGGCAGUGCAAAUAAAGGUUUAUUUUAGCUA